AUUCCGUGCGCGCACGAUCCGCAGAGAGACGAUGAUUUAUAGUCAUCUGGCCAGGGACACCGAGGGGGGUGUUCUGUUUACAACAUUUCGUCUCCUGCUUGUCAUCGUCAAGAUGUGAUAUCCUCAUUCACUUUUCUGCAGGAAACAAAAGUAAAGUGUGAUUUGGUGAAGAGGCUGAGAGAAUAGGAUAUCUUUAUUCAGAAGGUGUCUAUAUGAAACAGUUUUUAAGGUUACAAAUGGUGUGGGUGUUUAUCAUGAACCGAAUGAGCUCACAGAGCAGUUUCCCCCAGAGGCGACGUAUGGUUCUCGGAAUAAUCAUUCUGUUGAUUGUUGAUGUCAUCUGGGUUGCAUCAUCUGAGCUUACUUCAUAUAUAUUUAAGAAGUAUGAGAAACCCUUCUUUAGUACAUUUGCCAAAGCAUCCAUGUUUGUACUUUACUUUAUUGGAUUCCUUGUUUGGAAGCCAUGGCGGGAGCAGUGUACCAAUGGAAGGCAUGUUGCAUUGUUUGCAGAUGCUGAAAGUUAUCUUGCAACUUGUACUACCGACACUAGUGUGAAUGAUUCCUUGGUGAAGUGACCCCUGUAUAUCCCAGUGAAGUUUCAUGAUUCUGCCAAUGAUAAAGCUAAUAAUGACAACAAUCCAGCUCUAAAAAAGACACGUGUUAGAUUCAGUAAUAUUAUGGAGGUGCGGCAGCUUCCGGCUCAUCACGCAUUUGAAGCAAAGCUUUCUAGGAUGUCCUAUCCAGCAGCAAAGGAUCAUGAAGCGGCAAUGAAAUCUGUUGGCAAACUGACAAUAUCACAAGUAGCAAAAAUCAGCUUUUUCUUCUGCUUUGUGGUUAUGGGUGUUCUGGCAAACUUUUCCUCAGAAGCAUUGUCUGACACUCAGGUUGCAAUUGUUAAUAUUUUGUCCUCUACUUCUGGACUUUUCACCCUUCUUCUGGCUGCUAUGUUCCCUAGCAACAGUGGAGACAGAUUUACAUUAUAAUUAUUAGCAGUAAUUUUAUGCAUUGGUGGUGUUACACUUGUAAGUCUCUCAAGUAAUGACACAGAGGGAAAAGGCACUAUAGGCUCAUUAUGGUCAUUAACAGGAGCGGUGCUGUAUGCUGUCUAUAUUGUCAUGAUUAAAAGAAAAGUUGACCGAGAAGACAAACUUGACAUUCCAAUGUUUUUUGGGUUUGUUGGACUAUUUAAUCUCCUGCUACUGUGGCCUGGGUUUUUCCUGCUUCAUUAUACAGGAUUUGAGGCUUUUGAAUUUCCAACCAAAACUGUAUGGAUGUACAUCCUUAUUAAUGGCCUUAUAGGGACUGUUUUGUCCGAAUUUCUCUGGUUGUGGGGUUGUUUUCUUACAUCAUCGCUAAUUGGUACACUUGCACUGAGCCUCACAAUACCUUUUUCCAUGAUAGCAGACAUCUAUAUGAAAAAGAUGGAAUUUUCAUGGUUAUUAUUUGCAGGAUCCAUUCCAGUUUUUCUCUCUUUUUUCAUUGCAACGCUUUUAUGCCACUAUAAUAACUGGGAUCCAGUAAUGGUUGGCCUUAGGCGGAUAUUUGCAUUUAUAUGCAGGAAGCAUCGGAUUCAGAGAACUCCAGAAGACAGUGAGCAGUGUGAGAGUUUGAUUCCUAUGCAUGGUGUUUCUCAAGAAGAAGGAACUAAUUGUUGUUCAUGAGGGACAGCCUGAAGAUAAAUCCAUGGAGUACUUUUGUGCUCAGACAAUCUUCUGAAGUUCUGAUGAAUCUGGUUUCUGUUGGUGCCUGUUCAAAUAACUUAGCCACAAAGUUUUAAAUCACCCAAGGCACUACAUACAUUUAAAAGCACCAUAUGUUGGAAACAUCUGUGGAACUUAAAAAAUGCAGAAUUGGUUUCUUAUCACUAAAGAAUGUUGUGAAAAACUCACCUGUCAAUACAAUUCAUCUGCCUUACUGAAUGUAUCGAACCUUCAGACGCAACUUGAAAAUUGAACUCCAUUUUGUGAAUCCGAGGAUUAACUUGUAUCUGAAUGAUAACUCUGUUUAUAGCUUUUUGGAACAUUCUUCAAUGUCAAGACUUAAGAAAUGUGUCUAAAGUAGAACAUGUUGAAUAAGUGAUGCCGACACUAAAAACAAAGGGAAAAUCAUUUUGAAAGAUAUUCAGUCCAAUAUUAGUAUUGUGUAUGCAUUUAACCUAAAAAGGAAGAAAAAUCAAUGAGUGUUCAAAGCAAAUUGAACAAACUACCAUCAAUUACAGUUCAAAAGACAGUAUUGCUAAGAUAGUUUGAAGUAUCUGAUUAAACAGUGGAUACACUACAUAGGCUGUUCCAUUUUAAAGACUGGUUCAGAUUUCUGUACUUUUAGUACUCUAAGUUUCAAAGUGAAUAUAUCUCUGAUUACUGUUAAAGCUAUCUGUUAAGUUGACUUGGAAUAAAUAAGACUUUUCCAUUA